AGACCUAUGCAUGUUAGAAGUCCACGGAUAUCUAACGUUUUGUGGGGUUUUUUUUAUAGCUUCAAUGACCUUUGUGGCAAAGUGAACUGGCCAGUCCAGAAAAAGGAUUUAAUAAAUCAAUUAUGAUGUCAUAAUGGUUCUAGCACGAAAAAGGCACCUUGGAAUCAUUUACUAGAUCUUGAUCAAGCUCCUUUUGUGGUAAAAAUCAAUCACCAGUUCUGAAUAACAAUUUCACAAAAAUGGAGCGAUCUCCCAGAUACAGACACGUAUGGAUCAUCAUUAUUUUAUCCAUCCUCAUUUCUACCUUAUUUUUCUUCACAUCAUACAAAGUAGAAAUCUUACCAAGGGAUACAAAUAUCCCCAUGCUUAGAGAAAACUCUCAAGAUUGUCUUAGACCAAACAUUCCAUUGAACAACGGCAACCAGACUUAUAUCAAUGAAAAACAGACAUUCCAAACACCUGUUGAUUACCGGAAAGAAACAGCCAGAAUUAGCCACAAUGGAACACAAGCAGAUGAUCCGUACCUUGUGGAACUAAUACGCAGAUUCUGGAUCAGGUCUCCUCCCACUGGACCAUACAAAUUUAAAAAUAAAAAGACCGAUUACUCCACCCAUGGGCAGUCGGUCAUUAUUGACAACACACUGAAGAAUAAGGAAGGUGGAUUUUAUGUGGAGUGUGGAGCAUGUGAUGGGGAAUUCCAAUCAAACACUCUUUACCUUGAAUUAAAGAGGAAUUGGACAGGACUUUUGAUUGAGCCAAAUAGAAAAAACUACCAACAACUCUUAAAAACCAACAGAAGGGCCUUUUAUAUCAAUGCUUGUUUAAGUCCUUAUAACCAUCCUGCUGUGUUGAAGUUCAAAGAAGAUUGGGCAAUUGGGCACUUAAUGGAACAAAACCCAGGAGGCAGCAAAACAGUUGAUGUCCAGUGCUUCCCAUUCUAUUCCAUUCUCUUGGCCCUAAACAUCAAGCACAUAGAUGUGUUUAGUUUGGAUGUUGAAGGAGCAGAGGUUUCAAUUCUAGAAACUGUUCCAUUUGACAAAGUGGAUAUUAGCAUGCUAAAUGUGGAAUACCAGCACGUCAAAGGUGGUUCUAAUUUCCUUCAAACGUACACGGAAAGCAAAGGAUACGUUACUGUACAGAAGGUUUUCAGGGAUCUGAUAGUGAAAAAAAAAGGACUUGACUGACAUUUUUUUUUAGCAAGUUUAAAAUUUUGAACGCGGGUUUACAUUGAAGGGAAUAAAAUUUUUAUGACGAUAGAUAAUUUCUAGGAUACAGUGUACAUGUUCUGUAAACAUGCUUUAUAUUUAUAGCAGUCAAGAAAUUAUAUAGCAUUUUGCAAGCUGCUUCUUUUCCUCUUAAACAUAUACACAGUAUAUUAUGUACGAAACAAAUUAUAUGAACGUUUAUAAAUAUGCUUUUUAUUGUAGACCUUUUUUUUGUACCUGUAUACGGUAAAUAUUAUAUUUGUUGAAUCUGAUUAAAUUAACAAAUGUUUCAAAAAUGUAAGGUUUCUUUUGCAUGAUCAAAUCACACCUACCUUCCAGGGACAUAGAUCAUAACAACUCUGUCAACAGGCAACAUUAUCUGACUAAUCCGUGAACAGUUGAUUUUUACCCCCCAAAAAUUGAACAUGAAAUUUAUUGGUACAAUGUUUACCACUAAACAUAUGACUUUAUUGUUGACAUUUAGAUUAAAUAAUAUUAGGCCACACCAAAAUAAUUCCUUGUUCGUCGGACAUCCAGUGAAAAAAGAUAUGAGCGGGUGAGCCAAAAUUUUUAGGCGGUACAUAUGAAAAUUAGUGCGCACGGUUAUAUUUUUUCUUCUUGUUCCUGAUCUAUAAAUUAAAACUAUCUAAAAUGCGAAAAGUAGAGCAAUAAUAGAACAGAAAAUGGUGCAGAAUUUUCUGGAUGCGGGAAAUUAAAAAUAAUAUUAUUUGUAUAGUUUUAUUUAAAUACGAGCGCACGGGUUCCGACGAACAAGAAAUAAUAUUGGUUUGGCCUAACAUGAUAAAUAUUUCAUGCUUGCUAGUGCUACAUUGAAAAUCUUUAUCCUUCAACAUUGUUAUGAUCAACAAUUUUUUAUUAUAUAUUCAAUUUUGAUUUCCAAUGCCUUCUAGGGAUGGGACGAUGCACCAGUGCAUCACGGUAUUUAUUUUGACGAUAUUUGGAUCGAUACAUUUACCAUUAAUACAACGAUACCUAAGCGAACUUUUUUUUAUUUUCCAAAAAUAUCCGAGCUUCAUAUAUCGGCUAUUUUUAGUCUGCGCGCCUAAUAUGAAAGUACAAAGUUGGCGGAAAACCUCGUUAAGUUGUCAAAACUGUUAGGAAGCUAAAUCUGGAGUGUGGACAACUUUUGGAUUACUUGUUUAUGAAAAAGUAGUGUAUAUGAGACUUGAGUAAUUUGUAAAUUGUGCAACGCUCAUUUUAAAUAUAUCAAAAUAACAUUGGACAUGCGGUAAUUAUAAUACAUCAUCAGAUUGAAUAAAUUUUUAACCCUAAUUCAUGUUUUUAUUUAGUUGCAAUGUAUCGUGAUAUAUAUUGUAUCGCAUCUCAUGCAUCAUGAUAUGUACCGAAUCGGCUUAGUUCAGAAUCGUCCCAGCCCUAAUGCCUUCAUUAACAUGUUAUUUAUUUUGUUUGUGCUGAUUUUAAAUUUUGAAUGUACUCAAUUACGAAUGUUAUGCAACUUCUGUAUAAGAAUUUUUUACUUAAUAGAUUUUAUGAAAGAA